UGUCGUCGGUGGCUUCAACGGCAUGGAGUUCUUCAACACGGUGUGCAAGUUCAAUCCCCUCAACGGAACCUGGAAUGAGGUGGUGCCCAUGAACUUUCUCCGCUGCUUUGUGAGCGUAGCCGAACCGGAUGGAUACAUCUACAUGAUUGGAGGCUUCGAUGGCGUAGCGGGGCUUAACACGGCUGAACGUUAUCAGCCAAGCACCAACCUCUGGAGCCUCAUCCCAUCCAUGCACGAGGUACGAAGUGACACCCGUGUGACGACCUUAGUGGGCAAGAUCUACAUCUGUGGAGGACUCAACGGAAACGAGUGCCUUUUCACGGCCGAGUGUUUCGACCCUCAUUACGAUCAGUGGAAGCGAAUCAAACCGAUGCACAUCCAAAGAAGUGUCGUGGGCGUCAUCGCUCUGAACAACCGAGUGUUUGCAAUCGGGGGUUGUGAUGGAGCCCACAGUCUGCAGAGCGUCAAAGCCUACAACCCUCAUACCAACUCCUGGAGAAUGCUUGCCUCCAUGUUUAACCCACGAAGGAACUUUGGCGUCGAGAUGAUGGACAGCCACUUGUACAUGGUUGGCGGCUACAGCAACGAAAGCACCACAUCCAACUGCGAGUACUACUACAAAGAGAAUGAUGACUGGUACAAGACGUAUAGUGUCAAGUCCAGAAAUCUGCCAUUCUGGAGUUAAGAUACAUAUUGAGACCAGGAUCAGAACUGUAGUGAUGUCUAGUGAUGUUUCCUUGAAAUCCUAAACUCAUGGUAUUAAGUGAGAUAGAAAACAUGACAUGACGUGCUGUUAUUUAUUAAAAUAAAUAAAUAAAUAAUCGACAACAGGGUGGUGUCCACCCCAAGGUGGACUAUUUUACUAUAAACAGCAUAUCCUGAAGUGUUUAUUAUUCCUAAAUUUGAACUUAUUAUAAAACUUUUAUUAUAAACUCUUUUGUCCAGACUGUUACAAAGCAUCGACACUGGAGACUCCUUCCGUAAAUGUUAACGGACUUUCUUUUUAAUGUUUAUGUGGCAUGUAUAAACGAGCUGUUACUAUAGAAACGAUAACACUAUUGUCAGAGCUGCUGUUACAGAGAACUAAUCAACACCUUCUGACUCAAUCAAGAUCCAGAACUCAGCAGCAUUGUGGUUGAAUUAUUUUUGUAUUAUUUAUUAUUAUUUUGUAUAUUAUUAUAUAUUUGUAUUAUUCAUGUAAUUAUUCUGUGCAGUAAUUCAGGACCCCAGGCUAAAUGUGUUACAGUGGUGAUUAAAAGCAUAACGCAUGUCAUAAACGUGAUUUCCUGAAGGUUCAACGUCCAGGACAUGAAUAUCGUCUGCAGUGCGGUGAGCUGCUUUGUGAUAUCCGGGCUUCCCAACGUCACCGACUACACCAUCACGUACGAUCACCUUCUCUAGACACGGAGCUUUUAAAAACGCUAUUAAACCACAUCCCAUUGGCAGUACCUCUGUCUCCAGCUAUUCUAUUUCGAACGAGUUUAUUCGUGGAACCUUUCCGGAGAGGUGAGGGGCGCUAAAACAUCUGAGGCUGUUAAAAAUCAUUUCAAAAUCAAUGAUCGUCAAAAAACCCACAAAACUUUAUUACAAACUUUAUCUUUUUAUUGCAGUCCACAUCUUGCUGUGCAUUCCUGCUUAUACGUGCAAAGCAAAAUAUAUAAUGCAAUAUACUGAUAUUUAUAUACUAUAUAUAUUAUAUAUAUAUAUAUAUGUUCUUUACAGACUUUUUCAUUUCACAAAAGCGUCAACAUAAUUUAUUAUUUUAUUUUAAACAUAUCUGGCAUAUUUAGGCUGGCUUCAGACAUCACACACACACACACACACACUGACUUUUCUCACAGGCAGGAAGUUCUUUGGACUUGUUCACUCGUAGCAGGAGACGGACAUCAAUCCCAACGUCUCAAUAAAAUAAAAAAUAGAAACACUUAAAGAUGGUUUUGUGCACUAAAAUAAUCUAACGCUGAAUACUUUCGGUUAUUUCAGCAGGAGUGGAAAAGUUUUCAGCGAUACUAGACGUACCUAUAUUUCUACCGUAGCUAACGAUAAUCAGCACGUCUGUGUGAAAAAAGGAUAACUUGAAUAAUAAUAAUAAUAAUAAUAAUAAUAAUAAUAAUAAUAAUAAUAAUAAUAAUAAUAAUGUGAUGCCGUUUUUUGUUUUUUGCUCCUCCUCCAAAUUUUCUCAAAUAUCACAUAAAACAGAACUAUUCAGAACAGAUAUUCAAACUGUUCUCCCAUAACGGACUGGCGAAUCUACAAAUAGAUUAGAGAAUAGAGAGAGUCUCUAGGUUAUAAAUACAGGCAGAAAUUCUAUUCACACACACACUAAACCAAUUCCUCUCGGAGACGAAAACCACUCAGGAUUUUAUCUUUUUUUCUAAAAACUAAAAAUAUCAGCGCAUCUAAAGUGUACUUGCACUGUUUUUUUUUAAAUGUAUUAUUUGUAUUUUGUAAACAAGAAAAUAAUGUGGCCUUCGUUCUCCAUUCCGUACACAUGGAAAGAUGUGACAGAUGUUACUUUAUUAUUAUUUUAUUUUCCAUUUUGUACUAAAGCUGUUUGGUGUGAACUGGGAAAUGUUCCUUUGUAUAAACUGUGCAGGUUUUUGUUUUUGCUGCAAAACAAUUUCAAUAAAUAAAUAAAUAAAUAAAUGUUCUAGAUUAAAGAUAAAGAUGAAAAUUACUGUUUAUUUAUUUAUUUAUUUUAUUCACCUCACAGGAAAAUGAAUAAUGAAGUGGAAUUUAAUAAUAAGGUCGACGUGUAAAUAAAGCGAGCAAAACCGGAUUCAAAAGGACCCUUUAGGUGGCCGUGAAUUUCGCCUAAUCAAAAGAAGAAAAAAGUUGUCUUCUUUUGCGCCUGUCUAAAAAUUGUUGCGAAUUAAAAUUCAGGCGUACAGUACAGUUAUAUAAGCAGAUGCUCAAUAAGAGCUUUUAUUUUAUUUCUCGUUAUUUAUAAAGCGUAAAUGCUCGCGCAUGCGCAGUAUUAAUGGAACGGUCCACUCUAAAACAUGAUGGGGGACGCAUUUGUGUAGACUUAACGUUAAAACUUUAACGGUGAUAUCCUGACCAAACAAAAUAUGACAGAAAAUGAAUAUGUUAUAUAUGAUUUAUAUAGGCUUCUUGGUAUUUGAUGGGGCCCCAAUUCCCUGGAGCCCUAAGAGGCCGCUUACCUCGCUUAUUGGUUAAGUCUUCCCCGGCUGCCACCUGACACGGUACAUAUUAUACAAAAGUGUGUAUAUUGUACGAUGUACUUGUUGUAUGAAAGGUGCUAUAUAAAUAAAGAUUAUUAUUGUUGUUGUUGUUGUUAUUAUUUAGGUUUCUUAUAAUGAAUACAGGUCUUUAUUUCGAUUAGCAUUCCAAAGCAAGAACUGUUUUC